GAACCAAAGACAUGCCGAACUGGAAGAGUUAAAACCCGGUAUAUAGUUCCGUUAUCGCGGUGGUCCGGCUACGGUUCCGUGCUAAACAUGUCCCGGGUUCUUAUAGUCGGAGCGGGCCUGACAGGCAGCCUGUGCGCGUGCCUGCUGAGGAGAGAAAUGCAGAAUAAAGUUGAGAUAGUGGUGUGGGACAAGGCGAGGGGCUCAGGGGGCAGGAUGUCUACCACUCGUCCUCCCGACCCUUCGUCAAACUCAGCUGAUCUUGGAGCUCAGUACAUCACGUCCACGUCAGCGUACGCUCAGUCCCACCACAGUUUCUACUCUGAGCUGCUGUCUGCAGGUGUCCUGCAGCCCCUCAAUGGUCUGGUCGAAGGACUGAAGCAGAGAGACGGCAGCAAGGAUUACAUGACGCCACUGGGCAUGUGCAGUGUGGUCAAACACUUCCUGUCUGAGUCAGGAGCUCAUUUGUUCUUCGAGCAUCAUGUGACCGGCCUGUACCGCCGCGGUGCAUCAUGGGAGGUCCAGAGGAAGGCGGGAGGCAGCGAGACGUUUGACGUGGUCGUCCUGACGAUGCCGGUUCCUCAGAUCCUGCAGCUGCAGGGAGACGUGGAACAAAUGCUGUCUGUCCAGCAGAAGCAGCAUUUAGAAGGGGUCCUGUACUCGUCCCGUUUCGCUGUUGCGCUCUUCUUCCCUCCAGACGUGGUCUUCAGCUUUCCCUGGGCGGCUCGAUAUGUCACUGACAACCCCUGCAUCUGUUACAUCGCUGCAGACUCCCGCAAACGCAACGCAGAUGCUCCUGGUCGAGGUCCGUCCCUUGUCGCGCACACCAGCGUCCCGUUCGGCCUCGAGCACCUGGAGAAAGACAAGGAAGACGUCCAGCCACUCAUCUUACAGGAACUACACAAGCUGCUUCCUGAUUUGCCUGAACCAGUCAGCAUCAAGUGCCAGAAGUGGAGGUACUCGCAGGUGCUGACCCCGGUGACAGACAGUCCGGGUCAGAUGACCGUCCUCGACCACCCGCUGCUCGUCUGCGGCGGUGACGCCUUCAGCCACUCCAACUUUGAUGGCUGCGUGGAGUCUGCACUGAGCGUGCUCAGUGUGCUGAAGGCCUCGCUGUGAGACCACCGACACAACAGGAAGUGACUCCGGCAAAAGAAUGUGACCUUUGCAUGAGUCAGUAAUCAAUGAAGUCAUCAGUGAACUAAAACAGUGAAGUAACAGUUUAUAAAGUCAUUAAUUGUCUUUAUAUAUAAAUGUUUCAGUUACUGUUUGAUUGUUUUUCAGUGUUUAGAUGAAUAAAUGGAUAAAUGUCUGAAUGGAUGAUUCCAUUAAUUUUUACAAAUUUGAAGUUUAAUCAUUAUGACAUUAAUUUAAACCCGGGUUAAUUGAGGACUAACAAAACUGUUUUAACAGACGACUAAUUUAAACCUGGUUCAUCAGAGGACUAACUUGAAUCUGGUUUAUCAGAGGAUUGAUUUAAUCCUGUUUCAUUUGAGGAUUUAAACCUGGUUUAUCUGAAGACUAAUUUAAACAUGGUUUUGAGGACUAACUCAGACCUUGUUUAUUUGAGGAUUAACUUAAACCCGGGUUAAUUGAGUACUAAUUUAAGCCUAGUUGGUCUGAAAAUUAGUUUAAGACUGUUUUAUCUGAAGAUGAACUUAAACCCAGGUUUAAGAGAGGGUUAAUGUUACAGACUUCAGUAUGAGAGCAGAUUUCUCUCCUUGACCAUGUGUGAUCUUAUGGGAACAACUGUGGUUUAACUCAAAUGUUAAAGUGUCACAGCCAGGAAUCAGACCCACUAAAGAGAUUAAUUCAACCUCUAUGAAGGUCAGUCUGUCACACCUGUUGGCCGUUUGCUCACCUGAAGAUGUUAAAACAGUCACACGCACUGUAUGACUGAUCCCUGUGUAACUCCUGUGUUUAGAUAUUGAGGUUGUAGUUGACAGACUGAUGAAUAAAAGUCAGCCGUGGAGUGAAGAAGCUGC